GAAUUCUUAAUGUGUGCUGCCAGAGUGCGGUUUAUGGAGAGAACUUCUUUAACUGUCCAUUUUAGAGCACCUACAUGUGUUAUGUUAAAUUGACUACAUAGAUAUUUGUUUAUGUGAUGAAAGCAUUGGUGUAUUGAGGUAUUGAUCCAUAAAGAUAAAGUGAAGCUCAUUAAAGACAAUAUCACACAGCUUACAGGAAUCUCUUUAUUGAUUCACACUUUUGAACAGAAGCAGUGAUGUAAGAUAUGGAUUUAUCACUGAGAUUUCUGUAAACCAUAAACAAGUUGCAUGACCAUGUUUUACAGUGACAGACAUUUCCUUGUGUAUUAGACACAAUUAAUGGAAUGGACUGAUAUAUAUAGCACCCUGGGAACUUCAUUCAACAGACUGCUCUCAAUUUCUGCUAGACAGAUACAACCUGAAACAUAGGAAUCGGUACUUCUUCACUUUCUUGUUAACACUGAAAUGCAUUUUCAUACUAGCUUAAGCUUCAUGGAAAAUGUUAAACAUUAAACAAUGAAGAUUCUAUUUAGACUGAGAAUACUAAGAUGAUAAGGAGAGACAGAGAAUAGUAAGAUGGAACUGAAAUUGCUUGAUUUCAUUCAAAUUUUAAAGCAUUAUAUUUAUUUUUCUUUUAAAAGUAGCUGCAGUCAUCAUCCUGAUCAUCAUGAAGGUUUGGAUUGUGUGUGUGCUGCUGUGUGCUACCUUUACACUGAGGACUGUUACAGCUGCAGCAAUUGAGACUGGACCUGAGGAGGAACAGGUACUUCAAGGAAAAACUACUGAAUUGGCGGUUGAUGAGUUGAUUAAUGAAGUUGAGGAUAAAGAGGAAGCUCCCAAAGUCAAUACUGCUGAAGUUAAAUCAGGCAUCUGUCCACAUGGAUGGGUCAAAUAUGGAUCACGCUGCUUUCGACUCAUGAGAUCAAGUCUGUCCUGGAUCAGUGCUGAGCAACAGUGUGCAGCUGAACAGGCAAGACUGGCAUCUGUACAAAGUCUUGGGGAUCAUAAAUUCCUGCAGAGUUUGCUUGAUAUGGCUGGUCUGUCACAGGCUUGGAUUGGUGCUUACAACUUCCAGGGAACAUGGCUGUGGGUUGACACAGCUCGCUUCUACUACAGUAACUGGUACUCACUGAGCAGUGUGGGCAGCUACCCAUGUGCUCUCAUGAACAGUAAUGGUAAUGCUUUCUUUCACAUAUAUGCUUUAUCCUUUUUUAUGCUAAAAUGUCGUACAAAGUAUUUCGCUACAUGUCAUACUCUGUAUGUAUGUGUAUGUGACAAAUACAAUUUGAUUUGAUUUCAUAUACUCAUAUGUUUGAUUCAGAUAUAUUGUCUAGUUCUUGCAAAUCAAACGUUUUUUCUAACUGUUUUAUUUUCUCCUUUGUUUCAGUUGGCUGGUCCAAUACUGUCUGUGGAAGUCGAUAUCCUUACAUCUGUUCUAUUGACCUAAAUAAAUGUUAAAGGACAUGGCUGAAUAAUUUUCCAUAAUGUUGAAGCUGAUAUGGGAAAAUAAAUUGUCUGUUUUCAGAACACUUGAGUAAUAAACACUGUUGAUAUCAAUAAAAAAUGUAACAAACAUAUGGUUGUGUUAUUUAAAUGCAAUUUUUUUUUGUAACGCAUACUGUUAAUGAUCCUUGUAUUUCCACAGUGGAAUCAUUUUUAACCUGAAUUUACAAACAGUUCACUUAAAGCUCAUAGGAUGUAAAUAGGCACAGCGGGAAAUGUGACUAUAAUUAGACACUGUUAGAAAUCUAACAGGGCUGAAAUUUUAUUAAAACAGGUUAUUGAAUAUUGAUUAACCAGGCAAUAGAUAAUAAAAAGUGAUAUAUUAGAUCAAAAUCAUUUCAAUUUGAGUCACGUUCUAGACCAGGGGUCACCAACCUUUUUGAAACUAAGAGCUGCUUCUUGGGUACUGAUUAAUGUGAAGGGCUACCAGUUUGAUACAAUCUUCUGAAAUAACAAAU